ACGGGCCUCCAACUGCGUUCGUCUCGAAGCUCGCCAACGAUCGUGCUCCCGGAGCUUCGUCCCUUCGCGCCGCCCCAAUGAGUCAUCGUCGCGUCUCCUACUUCGGCCUCCCCUCCAGCAUUCCCACCCUUUGGCAGUCUGCGCGGGCUCCUACUCUCUCCUACCGUGUUAAGGAGAACAGUGCGCCGCUAUUGAGCGAGGAAAAGUGGGACGCGUGGUGGGAAGACUAUAUCGAGCUCGCUUUCUGUCUAUUGGAGAUAGAGUUCCGUUGGUCAGAAGCGGCCCCAUUCGGAGAAGGUCCAAAGCACCCAGAGGACACCGUUGAGCUUCUGAUCAUCCAAGCGUGGAGAACGGCGGAGCAAGGUGACCUGCUGGGAAUCGUAUUUGGAAAGGUGGAGGAAGGUAAUCUCGCCUUGAUCACGGACGAAUUGCUGGUGUUUCUGACUCAGCUGGUGGAUGAUCUACCCCUGGACAUCUUAUCGCACAGUGACAAGCAGCCUGGCACCCACGUGCUGUCUCAAACGCUCGAGCCGCACCUUGUGUGGUCCACGUGUACGGAGAUUGACGAGGACAACUGUCUCUAUCCUUCCCAGGUGCUCUACCUGGAGAUCGACAUUACCGAUCUCACGUUUUGGGACCCGAUUGUGAGGCAAAACGCGGCGCGGGACGAGGAGAUAGGGGGAGCAGACGAAGAGGAGGAAGAGGAAGAGCCAUCGAGCGAAGAACGAGACGAUCCAGACUACGUACCGAAAAGCGAAGCAGGGAUAGCCGACGAAUCGAGCCAACCGCGGGACGAGGAAGAAGAAGAAGGAAACGAGCAAGCGGAGUCGGAAGCACGGGACAGUGGCGGCAAGGAAAGCGGACAGGAAAGGAAUAGGGAACGUGAAUUUUGCCGUCGAGGAAACGCCCAGACAGGAGGAGCUUGGGAUAUGGCGAAAAAGGAGAGGAAAUUGAGCGAUGGAAAAGGUCCUUCCGUCAACAAACUUGCCGAAGGAGAUGGAGGCGGAAGGAAGGAAAAAAGGGGCGAUGGGGGAUUGAAGGUGAAGACGAAGAAAGUGGAAGAAGACAAGCAAGGAGCCAGAGAGACGAAGACGAAGGAGAGUGGAAUCGGAGGGGAGUCUGACGUGAGAGAUGCUAUGGGGUCGACGGGGAAGAGGCGGGAGGAGAAGGAGGUGAAGGAGGGGAAGGAGGGGAAGGCGAAGAAGGAGAAGAAGGAGAGAAAGGGGAAGGAGGAUGACAAGCACAAAAAAGAAGCAUCUUCGGUAUCGCCGAAGAAGAGGAAGCAACGUCCAGAGAAGCAGGAAGAUGAAGACGGUGACGGCGAUUUGCGGAAGAAGAAGGUGAAAAUAGAGAGAAAAGAAGGGAAACUGAGAUUUAAGACGUCAUCAGGAGCCUAUGGCAGAGGAGCCUGGAGAAAGAAUGAUGGCUACGGCGAUGAAGCGGAGAAGGGAGAGGAGGUCAUGCCUCCGCCAACCGAUAGAUCGAAAUGCAAGGGUAAAAAAAGUGAUAUGCAGGUGAUAGUGGAUGCGACCGGGAAGAAAACCUACAAAUGCGACGGAUGUGGUAGGCUGCUCAGUUCGUAUUUUCAGCUCAGGAGACACAAAUGGAAGAUCAACAGCUGGAGAAGGAAGGUCGGGCUGCCGCCCUUGCAAGGUGAUGAUGACGAGGAGGACAAAGGCAAGGGCAGCGCUGACACAAAAAAGACGAAGAAGAAGGAGGCUAAGCGGUUCAAGAGAGAUGGUAAGCCUCAAUUAAAGCGCACAAGUGUGUGUAGGGCUUGGCAGAAAGGGGAAUGCAAGUAUGGUGCCGAUAAAUGCAGGUUCCGACAUGAGGUUGAUUCUGCAGGAAAGAGUGCUGGCAAGGGAAAGAAAGCAUCGCUUGCUGGCAAAGGCGAGAAAGCACAGCCAGAGUUUCGACUUCAAAAGGAAGAACCCCUCCUCCCACGACAAGAUUCAAUGAAGAGAGGGAAAACAGCGAAGAAGGUUCGUCUUCUGAAAAAGAGUAACAAGCCAAAGAAACUUUCGAAGAAAACCAAUGCCGGUGGGAAAGGUUAACGAGAUUGAAAAUUUGCCAAUUUUUUCAAGGCACUGUAGGAAGUGGCUCUUCUGCCACGGGGAGCGAGAGAGAGAGAGAGAGAGAGAGAGAGAGAGAGAGAGAGAGAGAGAGAGAGAGAGAGAGAGAGAGAGAGAGAGAGAGAGAGAGAGAGCUUUGUAAGUGUCCUCUAGGUUGCGUAGUUUGCAUUGUGCUGCUUGAGCGACAAUCUGAACCUCAGUUACUCCAAUAAUAGAGUUCAACAUCUCGGAUUAGGUCAUUGUGUGUAGUUCGUAGGGAGGCGGAAUCUGGUGGGGAACAGGGUGGAGUGCUGCCGCCAUUGUGUAUUAGCAUUUUUGUCCGGCUAGGUUCCUGUCAGAUGAAAUUAAGACGAUUUGCACGUGUUCUGACCGUAUAGGACACAUAAAAGAUGACCCGAAACAGAAGGCAGAGAGCUGAACCUGCAGGAAGGAAACUUGGGCUGGAAAGGAAGCAAAAGGGACGAGCAACAACUGUGGUUUUGAGUGGGAACCGAACGUUGUUGUAAAUUCAUUUAAUUUCCUUUGCAGAUGACUGGGAAUUCAAAUUCAGCUCAGACUCAGCUCUGCUUAAAUGCAUGCACAUGAACGCUCUCGUGAAGACAGCGGAAUGGAUGCUAACACAUGAUCGGAUUGCGUGGCAUGAGCAUCAAUCUGCCUUGGAUGAGAGAGGAGAGGUGGUGAGUGUGUGGGUCAUUGUCGGCCUGUGCAUCUGAUGGUUUAGGUUAAACCACUACCGUCUUCACCCGAACAGAACGUACUGUCAAUCUUGCUGCAUCUGGACUGAAUGUUGUGCCAACUACAGGCAGAAUGACCGUACGUUUUAUUCGGGGGAAGACGGCAGUACCUCUGCCAGUGUUGGGAAAUUACGAGCUUUAGUCUGUUCCCGAAGAAUUCGGGGGUGGGACCCAGGGUCGGCAAGUCCAGUAAAUUGGAGUUUUCUUUUGCCCGCGCGUGAAAGGAAAAGGGAAAAAAAAAAGCUUUCUGUACUGCAAUGAUGUCGGGCAGGGUAGUCUAGGAGGCCGUGCUCACAGUCUUCCUCUACAGAAUGCAUCUUACAGCAAACACGGUCACAUUCUGAAAGUUGUUUUUUUUUGUUUUUUUUCCUUUCUCGUGUGUUUGUUACGAGUCCCCUGCCAACGAGGCAGGCCGGAAUCCGUGAUCUGCUCAAGCUGUGUUUCCCCAGAGGAUUGUAACCCUGAUCACACUGGCACUUAGAGGAAUGUAUCCAGCCAUUUUCACAGCCGAAUCCGUGUUUGCGCUUUUUUUUCCCCCUUGUUUUGCAUUUCUGGAAUCUGACAAUCUGAACACGGCGCUGUGAUGCGCUCACUGAUUGCAGUUGUAUACAUUCUUGGAAGUGGGGUAGUGUGAGUGUGCCCUCACUGAUUGCAGUUGUAUACAUUCGUGGAAGCGGCCACAACGUUUGUUCGUCUUUUUUUUUUGUUUGUUCUUCCCGUGAGAGUACCAUAAAGAAAAUGGAGUGGGACUCAGGCUCGGCAAAACUCGGAGCGCAGUGAAAUUCAGGGUCGGCGAAAACAGGCUUGGAGGUACUAGUGGUUUAAGCAGAGCUUACAACCAUGUGUGUGGUGGUCAGUGUAUCCAUCUUAGAAGCUUGCGAGUGUGGGACUUAGCAAACCUGCAUGCAUGUUAUGAAGAUGCCAAGGAUCUGCAGAUUAUUGGGAGUUUCACUCUCCUAACACAGACACAUGCUUAGAAAUACACACACAACAACAAAAACUACGAAUAUGU